AUGCCUCAACUGCGUAGAGGCCGCCGGCCAGCUAAACAACACGACCCGGAUAAGAAAACCGCAUUUAAUAGGAAGAACACCAGGCGAACUGCAGGGAGACGAACAUCGUGGGGAAAAAAUGUUGCUGUUGCUGCAGCUGCUACUUUGAGAAAUACGACGUCUUUGAAGGGUGAGGGUAAUAAGAAAGCCGGGGAAGUGAAGGAAGAGGUGGGUGAAAAGAAGAUGGAUGAGUGUGACAGUGGUGGUGACAAGGGCAGCACUGCUCCCCUUCCCGAAAGGGUCCUGGUUGGUGGUUCUCCAGCUUAUCGAAUUGAGAGGAAACUGGGGAAAGGAGGUUUUGGGCAAGUGUAUGUUGGUCGCCGAAUAAAUCCCCAAAAUCCAAAUGAAACAACGGGUCCAGGAGCUGUAGAGGUAGCUUUAAAAUUUGAGCAUCAGAGCAGCAAAGGCUGUAAUUAUGGACCCCCUUAUGAGUGGCAAGUCUACAGUGCACUAGGUGGUAGUCAUGGCAUUCCACGUGUACAUUACAAAGGACGGCAAAGUGACUAUUACAUUAUGGUUAUGGAUAUACUUGGUCCUAGCUUGUGGGAUGUCUGGAACAAUAAUCCCCACACUAUGUCCAUCGAAAUGGUGGCAUGUAUUGCUAUCGAAGCAAUUUCCAUCCUAGAGAAGAUGCACUCUAGAGGAUAUGUGCAUGGGGAUGUGAAGCCUGAGAACUUUUUGCUUGGUCCGGUUGGAACACCUGAAGAGAAAAAGCUUUUUCUUGUUGAUCUUGGAUUGGCCACCCGAUGGCGAGAUAGUUCAACUGGCCUGCAUGUUGACUAUGAUCAACGGCCAGACAUAUUUAGGGGAACUGUACGUUAUGCCAGUGUGCAUGCUCAUCUUGGAAGGAUUGGGAGCCGUAGGGAUGAUUUGGAAUCUCUUGCUUAUACAAUGAUUUUUCUUCUCCGUGGUCGACUCCCUUGGCAAGGGUUUCAGGGUGACAAUAAAGGCUUCCUUGUCUGCAAAAAGAAGGUGGCAACUUCUCCAGAGUCCCUAUGUUGCUUCUGCCCUGCACCUUUCCGACAGUUUGUUGAUUAUGUUGUUAACUUAAAAUUUGAUGAGGAGCCUAAUUAUGCGAAAUACAUCUCCCUUUUUGAUGGAAUAAUUGGUCCAAAUCCCAGCAUCAGGCCAAUCAACACUGACGGUGCGCAAAAGCUUGUAUAUCAGGUUGGACAAAAGAGAGGAAGAAUGUUGAUGGACGAGGAUGACGAUGAACAACCAAAGAAAAAAAUCCGCAUAGGAAUGCCUGCAACACAGUGGAUUAGUGUGUAUAAUGCUCACCGCCCUAUGAAGCAAAGAGUUGCAUCCCGUGUUUGGUCUUCAUCUAUAGUGAUAUUACACCGUCUAAAUUCCGAAGCGCAGCAUAUUGAGAGAGGAAACGAAGAUGGACUAUUUAUCAGCAGUGUGGCAUCUGCUUCGAACUUGUGGGCCCUAAUUAUGGAUGCAGGGACAGGCUUUAGUGCUCAAGUGUAUGAACUGUCACCGCAAUUUCUUCACAAGGAAUGGAUCAUGGAACAGUGGGAGAAAAAUUAUUAUAUCAGUGCAAUAGCAGGGGCUAAUAAUGGGAGCUCGUUAGUAGCUAUGUCGAAAGGUACUUCGUAUCUGCAGCAGUCCUAUAAAGUCAGUGAUUCGUUUCCAUUUAAGUGGAUCAACAAAAAAUGGAGGGAGGGAUUCUUUGUCACUGCAAUGGCAACUGCAGGAAAUAGGUGGGCAGUUGUUAUGUCCCGUGGGGCCAGUUUUUCGGAUCAGGUUGUCGAGUUGGAUUUUCUUUAUCCCAGUGAAGGUGUUCAUAAAAGGUGGGAAGCUGGUUAUCGCAUCACAUCAACUGCAGCAACUUGGGAUCAAGCUGCUCUUGUUCUUAGUGUUCCAAGAAGAAAACAUGCAGACGAAACACAGGAGACACUUCGGACUUCUGCUUUUCCAAGCACGCAUGUUAAGGAAAAGUGGUCAAAAAAUCUCUACAUAGCAUCAGUCUGUCAUGGGCGAACAGUUUCUUGA